AAUCGCCGUUUCCGGAAUUCUCCGAACUUCGAGUUGACCCACAGGUAUAUUUAUAUACAUAACCUCUGACCUAGUUUUACUUCCUCCUUUGUGCCCAUGACCACGGUGCUGGUAAAACGUCAAGUUCCUUAUCGCCAUUUCAGUUAUUUAGUCAGAGACACAUUUUUUGUCAUCCAUAACUUGUCAAGGCAGGGAAUCACUCCAUUCCUCCAGCACAGAGAACGCGACAGGGCAGUUCCAACACAGAGCUAUAUACAUUCUGAAAGCCAGCAUGUCCAGCCAAGCAUCUGAUGACAGACCUCAUCUAUACACAGCCUGGCAUUCCCCCUUUGGGUGGAGAGCAUGGACCUCCCUUCUAGAGAAGGGGGUGGACUUUGUGUACCAUGAGACAGACCCUUAUGACAAGUCCCCCGAGUGGUUCAAGAUCAGCCCCAGGGGACUGGCUCCGGCUAUUCACCACAAGGGGAGAGCUGUGUAUGAAAGCACUGUUUGCAUUGAAUAUAUCGAUGAAGCAUGGCCACACGAACCCCGCCUCAUGCCCUCUGACCCCUACGAUAGGGCUUACGUGCGCAUGUGGGCCGACCACGUGAAUAAGAAAAUCAUUCCCCACAUUUUUGGCAUGAUUGUGAAACAGACACCAGAAGAACAAGAGCAGGCUAAAAAAGACGCCCUAGAUGGGAUUUUGGCCUACACGCAGGCCAUGCGCGAUGGAGGUCCUUAUUUUCUUGGUGCUCAGUUUUCAUUGGCUGAUAUUGUUCUUGGCACUUUUGCAUCCAUUUUCUUCUGCAUGGAACAUUAUCGUGGGUUCAAGGUGCCAGAGACUGAACAGUUUGCUCGCUAUCAUACUUGGAUUAAUGCAGUUAAGAGUAGAGAAAGCUGGCAGAAAGUGCUGCCAUCUAGGGAGAAGGUGCUUGAAGAUUGGAGACCCUAUGCUGAGGGGAAGGCCCAGACAGAGUUGGCUAAAGCUGCUAGACAAGGAAAAACUCCAUAAAAUUUUUAAGAUUCUGACAUUUAAGGAAUCAUUAAAAAAAUAAAACUGAAUUGGAUCAACGUAGACAAGCGACGUACUAGUUAACCAAGUAAAGAAAUCUAAUGUAAUCGGUCAUAUAAUGUUUUUUUUUUACAUAAUAUGGAAUGAUGAUCAUUUUCACAAACACUUUCAUUAAUUUUGUAUUAAAAAUGCUGAGUUAUUUUCAGGUCUUACCAAUUUGUGAAAUUUAUUCCUGUAAGCAAUUUUGAAGUGCUUUAUGUUAGGAUAUGGACAACUUUUAUACUCUA